UGGACUUCCAGAAGACCAAGUACGCCAGGUUCAUGAACCACCGAGUUCCUCCAAACAAGCGGUACCAGCCCACGGAGUAUGAGCAUGCUGCCAAUUGUGCCACGCACGCAGUGGGGAGCCAGAGGCUCGAACCUGGAUCCUGUGCACUUGGUGUGCUUAACCAGCUCCUGAUCAUUCCUAGCAUUGUGGGCAGCUCCAAGCUCUACUUCCUGUCGGACGAUGCCCAGGAGACCCUGUCGGCCUGGGUGUACGGCCUGGGCCUCUGCGGGCUCUUCGUGGUGUCCACUGCGUUCCACACCGUCUCCUGGAAGAAGAGCCACCUCAGGACGGUGGUGCACUGCCUGCACAUGUCCGACCGCAUGGUCAUCUACUUCUUCAUAGCGGCCUCCUACGCGCCCUGGUUGAACCUGCGGGAGCUGGGCCCCUGGGCCUCACACAUGCGCUGGCUGGUGUGGACCAUGGCCUCAGCGGGCACCGUCUAUGUCUUCUUCUUCCACGAGCGGUACAAGCUGGUGGAGCUGCUGUGCUACCUCGUCAUGGGUCUGUUCCCGGCCCUGGUCAUCCUGUCCAUGCCGGACAGGGAGGGCGUGAGGGAGCUGGUGGCGGGCGGCCUCCUCUACUGCCUGGGCACCGUGUUCUUCAAGAGCGACGGCCGGGUGCCCUUUGCCCAUGCCAUCUGGCACCUCUUCGUGGCCUUCGGGGCGGCCACGCACUACUAUGCUGUCUGGAGGUACCUGUACCUGCCCCCCACCUGCCAGGAUCCCGUGUCCAAGUGACCUGCCCUGGGAGAUGCCCACAGCUCCACGAGAGGCCAUGCCGACCCCCAGCACUGGGCACUGCCCAGGGGACCCUGGGCCCUGGUGUCCCCACCAUGCUCCCCAAGGCCCAGGCCUGUCACUCUGGCUGGCUGUACCCUCUGUGCCUUUCCCACCGGGCUGAAGAGAGGACCACCAGGAGGGACAGUACCCUGGGGGUGGGUCACUGCUGUAGAGGGGAAACUGAGGCCUCGCUUCCUCCUGCCCCACCUCCCUGGGCUCUUGGGAGGGAGGGAAGCAGGGACCUGGGGCCAGGAUAUCAGAUACCUUUCAGGAGGGUGCUAGGGCUGGGGACCUGACACCAAGCGCAGCGGGGUCCCUCCCUCCUGUGUCAGUGAGCCGUUCAUUUGGUACCUGUGGGCACAAUGUCUGGGAGACCCCUGCAGUCACUGGGUGAUACCCGUGGGGGCAUGUCCUCACUGCUGCGCCCGGGGCCAGCCGACCGGGAGGGAUACUGGGGCUUGAGCUGGGGCGGCUGCACCCUUGGGUGACAGCCCUGUCUCACGGCAGACGGGCCUGGAUUUGAGUGGGAGCACAUGGGAUGCCUUACGCUCACUUCUAGAACAUUCCAGGGUGUUUCAGAGCUCUGUCCCCUGUACACAGUGGUACUAAAUCCCCCAACUCAUUCCUCAGAGAGAUGGUGGCCUCUGAGCUGGGGGUGCUCUGGGAUGGGGGAGUCUGUUGCCUGGGAGUAUGUGUAUACAAUUAUGUGCACAUGCAUGUAAUGUGUGUAUGCACACUGAACAAAUGCAUAUAUGUUCGUGAGUGUGAGAAUGCGUGUGUGUGCACAUCUGUGUCCACACCAGCCUCCCAUACCAUGGGAGGGAGACCUUGGUCCUGUGAGCUUGGCAAGGUCUGCGGGAGCUGGACCGUCUGGCCCCACAGAAGCCGGGAUCCAGGAGAAAGAAGACAAGUGGAAGCCUCGUCCACGGUCACAGACUCUGUCAGUCAACAGAACACAGCUCCCUGGGAUUUCCGUGGCCCAGGACAUCCAUGUCCACUUGCCCAGCCGCCACCCCUGCAGGCCCCGGCCUGGCCUUGGAGGAGGAGAGUUGUUUUUUUUUUUUCAAGAUUUCUUCCCUUUUCUUCCUUCCUUCCUUCCUUCCUUCCUUCCUUCCUUCCUUCCUUCCUUCCUCCCUUUCUUUUCUUUCUUUCUUUUCCUCCAGUUAUUGCUGGGCUCGGAGCCGGCACUAUAAACCCACUGCUCCUAGAGGCCAUCCCCCCCCCCAUUUUAUUGGACAGGACAGAGAGAAACUGAGAGAGGAGGGAGAGGUAGAGAGAAUAACAUAGAUACUUGAAGACUUGCUUCACUGCUUGUGAAGCAUCCUCCCCUGCAGGUGGGGAGCUGGGGGCUUGAACCUGGAUCCUUGUGCUUAGUAAUGUGUGCACUUAACCCGGUGCACCACCAGCUGGUCAAGAUUUCUUUAUUAUCGUGACUUUUUUUUUUAUUGCCACCAGGGUUGUCUCUGAGGCUCAGUGCCUACACAAUGAAUCCACCACUUCCAGCGGCCACUUUCUUUUCCUUUAUUUGACAAGACAGAGAGAAAUUGAGAGGGAGGAGGAGAAGAGAGACACAGAGACCUGAAGACCUGUUUCCCUGCUUGUGAAGUUUUCCCCUGUGUAGCUGGGGAUCAGGGACUUAAACCCGGGUCCUCUCGUAAUGAUGUGUGCACUCAGUCAGCUGCCACCACCUGGCUGAUAUCCUUAUUUUUUAGAUGUAUUUGGUGGUCCACAAGGUGGCGCAGUGGCUAAAGUAUUGGAUUUUUAAGCCUGCGUUUGAUCCCUGACACUGUGUGAUGCUCUGAUUCUCUCUUUCAUAAGUAAAUAAAUAGUUCUUGUAUUUAC